AUGGGAAAGUGGGAAAGAGCGCAGACCUCUUGGACUUGGAAAAACUUCCUGAGGGAGUUUAAUGAGAAGUUUCUUCCGCCUCUGAUCCAAGAGAAGCGGGAGGACGAAUUUAUAAAGUUGAGGCAGGGAACUCUUAGAGUGGCUGAGAGAGGUUGGCAGCAGCCUAAAUCUCUACGUUCACUGAAGCUCUGGAGAAAGCGCAAAGAGUUGAGAGCGCAAGGCUGCAAAGAUUGUGAGAUAUGGGUUGGAGAACGGAAGUUACUGGUUGAUUUAAUGGGUUUAGCUGUUAAGGGGUAUGAUGUCAUCCUGGGAAUGGAUUGGUUAGCUCGCUACAAUACUCAGUUGAAUUGUAAGAUGAAAACAGUAGAGUUGUGCAUUCCAAGAGAGGCAACCUUAAAAUUGAAUAUAAGGGGUAGAUUAGCCUCAUCUACUCUUAUUUCAGGAAUUCGAGCUAGAAAAAUGUUGAGUAAGGGAGAUCAAAGAUAUUUGGCCUUUCUUAUAAAUACUCCUAGUGAUAAGGAUUUGCUAGAGCAAGGUUUUAUAAAGGAGAGUGAUUCAUCGUGGGGAGCCCGGCAGGAUUAUUAUCAAUUGAGGAUUUUGGAGAAGGAUAUACCUAAAACUGCCUUUAACUCGAGGUACCGACAUUUUGAGUUCAUAGUGAUGCCAUUUGGAUUGACUAACGCACCUGCGGCUUUUAUAGAUUUAAUGUACAAAAUCUUUAAGCCAUAUCUAGAUCAGUUUGCGGUGGUGUUCAUCGAUGACAUACUGAUGUACUCUAAGACCUUGGAGAAUCAUGAGAAACAUUUGAGAAUUGUUUUACAAAUGUUGAGGGAGCAUCAGUUGUAUGCUAUGUUAAGCAAAUGUGAGUUUUGGGAAGUAACAUUCUUAGGUCACAUAAUUUCCAAGGAUGGGAUUAAGGUGGAUCCAACCAAAGUUGAAGCAGAUGCAAAGUGA